AGACUGCACAUCCACUAGUUGUAAAUCCAAUGGCGCUGUGAUUCCUAAUGACUCGCUUCUAGAAAUACCAUUUCUCUACUUUCUUCUUCUUCUUCUUCUUCUUCAUUUCCUCUGUAGAUUUCGAACAAUCAACAUAUAUUCAGCAGCAUUUUCAUGGGGUCUAUGCUCGGUGACCUGCCGUCAUAUGACCCUCACAACUUCAGCCAACUCCGACCUUCCGAUCCUUCAACUCCUUCUAUAAUGCAGAAGGAUUGACAACUCUAAGACACAAUAGUGAGAACCGAGAAGCUGUUGAUUGAAGAGAUUCUAAAAGCAUCUCAACUAAAGCUACCAGACGUUGUAUCCCUUUUGGAUAUAAGACAGAAGAUGAUUCCUGCAACCUAUCAUCCAACACACAGUAGGACCCUUCCCCCACCAGAUCAGGUUAUAAAUACAGAGGCCAAAAAUAUACUUAUACGACACAUUUAUCAGCAUACAGAAGAGAAGUCAAGAACAAAGAGACCUGCAGCUGAGCAUCCUGCACCCGAGCAUGGAAGCAAGCAGCCAAGAGCAUCUAGUACCAACACUUCAAAUUGAGCUUAGGAGGACAUUUUCUUCCAACAAUGUAUAAUCUAUUCAUGUUGUGAAAGAUGAGUCCUGUAUAAUGAGAGUGAAUUGCCUGCUCACUGAUGAAGAAAAAGCUCGGUCCGACAUUUACAUGUUGUAUAUAGAUUUUACUCCUAGUAAGAUUGGUCCUAAACUCAGCCAGAUCAAAUUGUUCUCAAAAUUAUAAAACUCAGUUGAAGAAUUGUAACUAUAUGAGUGUGCUUCCAAACAACACUUCACAAAUUAGUAUUGGAGGCCUCCUUCCUAUAAAGCAAAAGAUCCUCCUCGUUAUUCUUCCUGGUUUGGAUCAUUUAGUUUGUUCUACACUGUUUAAUUCUUAUAAUAUCUGUCUUAGAGAUUGUAGUUA